UUCAUUCUAGUAACUACUAACAACAUCUAAACUUCGGUAUGAAAUAUAUAGGAAAAUCUUGAAUUUUACGAACAAAUUGUUGACAUUCCAUAAACUAAAAAAUCCCUAUUUGAAGAAGAUGACGUUGCUACAGAGAAUAAGCAGAAGCGCCAGAAAUGCAUUGCUGUUGUGUCCACGUUCAUUAAGACUAGGGGGAAGAAAACGUAGUCUCAAUAUUCUUAUCUUCAUUGUACUUUUAUUCACAUGCACCGUUUACAUUACGGAAAAAAAAUCUGUGAGAACUCAACUAGAAGCAGAACCUCCAAAACUUGAAAAACGAGCACAUAUUGAGGAAGAACAAACAGAGAAAGUAGAGCAGCCGCAACAACAACAACAAGAGCUUGAACAACAAAAACAAACACCAAUUACUUCAAUCACCAGUACUUCAAUUCUUCUUGCGACAAGCCCAAUUGUUAAAAAAGAAAUUGUUAAAAAAGUAGAUGUAACGCGACAAAUCGAAGCAGUUGCCGAAAAUAAAGAGAAAGAUAAGAUAUCACAAAAAUCUCUGGAGAAAUGUAAAAAACGAUCGCCAAAGCUGGUUGGUGACAUGAAGAGCAAUCCCAAUAUUACACCUUCGAUGGAAGAAGUUGCAAAACAUGUUGGACCAGGUUUAUCAAUUGGAGGGUGUUAUUCACCGAAAGAAUGUAUAGCUUUGCAAAAGGUAGCAGUUAUAAUUCCGUUCAAGGACAGAGAUGCACAUCUUAAAACGUUAUUGUAUCACUUACAUCCUAUGUUGAUGAGACAACAUAUCCAUUACUGCAUAUACGUAGCAGAGCAGUUUGAUAACGGUCAAUUCAACAAAGCUACAGUCAUGAAUGCUGCUUUCGAAGAAGCAUUGAAGUUGGAUGAUUACGAUUGUAUAAUUUUCCAUGAUGUUGAUAUGAUUCCUGAAAACGAUAGAAACUUUUAUAUGUGUGCUGAUCAACCACGGCAUCUCUCUCCUGCAAUCGACAAAUUUCAGUAUAAACCUCAUUAUGGAACUGAAUUUGGAGGAGUCACAGGAAUUACGCCAUCACAAUAUCGUAAGGCAAACGGGCACUCUAACCGAUUCUGGGGUUGGGGAGGUGAAGAUAACGACAUGGAAUUCAGAAUACAACAUAGGAAUAUGACGAUCGUUCCUUCUUCGCUGAAAGUGGGGAGAUACAUGAUGAUUCCGCAUUUACAUCCGUGGAAAUUUAGUCCAAAUAAAUAUCCUUUCAAACUAAACCUCACAAGAAAAACAAGAGCAGAUAUUGACGGGUUAUCAGAUUUGCAAUAUCGGUUACUUGAAGUAAAACGUUUUCCAAUGUAUACAAAAUUAAUUAUUGACAUCAGACGAAUUCAAGUAACAAAACUGACGCUGUAUAUUGAUGGCAGGGCAUCAAUGGAUAUAGACCUGUAUCCAGAUGAUAUUGACAUCCGUCGUUGCCGAUGGGAAACAUAUAUCAACAAGACCCUUGAGAAGCACGACCGAAUUGACGACUCCGAUUAUUCAUACCCAAACCUGACGGCAGCGAAAUCGGCUUGCGACAAAAUGCAAGCAUUAUGUGGAGGAAUCGUAAAGGAAGUAAACGGGAUCAAAUACACGUUACGCAAAAAAGGUCCACCCAAGCACAGUGAUAAAGAGCUUACCAGACUAAUUAUGUCCCGUCCAAACGUUAGACUGAUGGGUGCAUUGGGAAAUGAUAUGCGGCUUGGUUGGAUGAAAUUGAGAAAACAAGCUGCAAGUGGAGACUUUGUAAUAAAUAAAGAUGGCAAACACCAAAUAGGAACUGAUACGCGUUUAGUUUUAGACCCAAGUGAAGUUUUAGAAGACGGUGUUAAAAGAAUCCCUACACUCAAUGAAGUGCUGGCUAAAAAUACAACAGCAUAUGUAAAAUACUGCCCUGGUUUUUAUGGAGCACACCAGAGUUUGCCAAAACCUCUGAAACAAACGAUUCCUCCCGAUAUAACCAAAUGGGUUAAUGAAAACGAAGGAAAUCAUUUUAGACACUACUUCGCUUUUAAGAUUGAUAUAGAGGUCGUCUUAAACCCGUCGGAAUAUCUUUAUUACACAGAUGAAAAGCAUUUCGAAUCUCAUCUUGAGAAAGGGGAAAAUCAUUAUACGUUCACUUGGCCAGGGAAGAAAACGCCAAACUUUUCAAAUCCCGACAUUCCAAAGAAGUACAGCUUCCGAACACCUGAUUUUGCAAUUCCAAAUAUACCAGGAACGUAUGCAGUCGAAAGCAAAAUUGUUGACAAAUAUAGACAGCCAUACUUUCAAUGGAACUGGUGGUUUGAAGUCACUUCAGGAGAUCCCGUUGUUGAUGCUCGCACAAGAGAUGUAUAUUGGAAGAAAAAGAUGACAGAAAAUAUGAUUCGAAGUAAGGCCCAACGCCACGAAGAAGUAAUGAAAGAAAAAGCCAGAAGACAAAGGCAAAAUCAAGCUGAAUAUGAACGCAAGAUGGCUGAAUUAAAGCAACAUCCGAACAAGCCAAAACCACCGGUUGUUCACCGCGACGGGAAGAGUGGAAUGCCAGAAGGAAUAGCAAAAUUAAUGGAAAAGGUUCAAAAAGCUGUGAAUAACGGAGAAGAAAAUCCCAUGGACAUGAUUGACACACAUGAUCCAGUGUUUCAGAGAAACGUAGGAAAAAUACAAGAAGAAGAAAAUGAUCAUGAUGCUGAACCAAGGCCGACAUUAAUCAAAACAACUAAAAAAAAACUCGUCCGAGUGGCGGUAAAUCAAAAACAAUUUCACAUUCAAACUCCAAAAAAGAAGAAAGAAGAUACAAACAAUAACAUUGUGUAACCAGACAUGCCUAAAUAAAAUAAAACAUACACAAAAUAGCAAAGGGAUAUUACACGACGCCGAGACGAACAAAAACAUGCCAAGAGAAGAAGAGUCAGGAAGUGAUGCGUUAUGUCCAUUCAAAUUCGAUGUACUUGAAAUUCAGUUAUACUUAUAACUACAGAAUGAUACGCGACACAAACAAUGCUGCAUUUUUUGAACAUUUGAACUUUUUUAUAUUCAAUUUGAUGUGAAAAGGUACUAUACCAUAGGGCCACGUAAUAGCAAAGAAUAAUUGAAACUUGAUGGGUGAUUAAGGUGAUGACUCCAGGUGGCCGUAAAUUAAAAUACAUUUCCGAUCCUUUUUUAAGGUUGAACAAACUUUAUGUUGUUAAAUGAAUACGUAAAUCUAAUUUUAUUUUAUGCCAAUUUUUUUUUCUUAAUCAAAAUUUAUGUUGAUAAAUUCAGCGUUUCAUCAAUAUUCACACUGUAUUACGUAUAUAUAUAUAUAUAUAUUCAAAUUUUUUUUUGCCAAAAUUGAAUUAUUUGAUGCCAAUGAUGGAGUGUUAAAAAUUUAGCCGAUAGAUUUUUAUUCUAUGCUUGAAGGGGCAGUCAUGAUUUGCUGUAAUCGACAUAAAUACUUGACUAGAACUUCAAAUACAAAUGCAAUGCGUUACUGAAACUAUAUUCAGAGGUAAUUGAGUACUGGAACGAAGCAACUUGCUUGCAGUGUUGGGUUUUUUCAAAUUGCAUUUAGGGAACAGUAACUCAAAAAUAGAAUGUAUACUAAAAUUACUUUGGUUUUUAAAAAUCUUCAGAUUAUCCCCGACGACAAUGACAAUAACAAACGGUAGCAACUUUCUGACGAGGAUUCAAUUCAGUAACAACUGUUUUUAAGCAUUAGAUUGAUUGAAUCUUCUAAUAUUUCCUCCUCGUACAUGAUUUGUUGCACUCGCAUAUAAUGCGCGGUAGAGUACUUUUUAUAUAAAAAAUUAUAUUUUUUCCAUAUUUGAUCAUGGUAUUUCGAAAGGGCGCAAUUUAUCAUUAAUAUUUUCUUUUUUGAAUUAAAAUGAAUCAGUUUUGAA